AUGAAGACCGCCCGGAUCGCCCUGCGCACUGCCGUUCCGCUGGCAGGGACCAGCGGUGUCAGCAGCAGCCGCGCCGUGCCGCGGGAAGUGGAGCAGUUUUCCCGCUUCUCCCCGUCCCCGCUCUCCAUCAAGCAGCUGCUGGACUUCGGCUCAACUAAUGGGUGUGAGAGAACUUCUUUUGCAUUUUUGCGACAAGAACUUCCUGUGAGGUUUGCAAACAUACUGAGAGAAAUUGAUUUUCUUCCUGAUAAAUUACUAAGCACUCCAUCAGUACAAUUAGUAAAAAGCUGGUAUAUGCAAAGCCUAAAGGAGCUGAUUGAGUUCCAUCAGAAAAACCCAGAUGACCAAAAAGUCCUAUCUGAUUUUAUAGAUACAUUAAUUAGAGUCCGAAACAGACAUCAUGAUGUGGUUCCUACAAUGGCACAAGGAGUCAUUGAAUACAAAGAUACUUUUAAAGUCGAUCCUGUCACCAAUCAAAACAUCCAGUAUUUUUUGGAUCGUUUUUACAUGAGCCGUAUUUCCAUUCGGAUGCUGAUGAACCAACACACCCUUCUUUUUGAUGAUAAAUCCGGCUCAGGGCACCCAAGGCACAUUGGAAGUAUUGAUCCUUGCUGUGAUGUUGUUGAAGUAGUAAAUGAUGCUUAUGAAAGUGCCAAGAUGUUGUGUGACCAGUAUUACUUAACAUCUCCAGAAAUGAAGCUUAAUCAAGUGAAUGGAAAACACCCAGGAGAACCAAUUAACAUUGUAUAUGUUCCAUCUCAUCUUUUUCACAUGCUUUUUGAACUCUUUAAGAAUUCAAUGAGGGCAACUGUUGAAUUCCAAGAAGACAGUCCUUCCCUUUCUCCAGUUGAAGUGACAGUUGUUCUAGGACAAGAAGAUCUGGCAAUUAAGAUCUCAGACAGAGGAGGUGGUGUUCCAGUAAGGAAAAUUGAGCAGCUGUUCAGCUACAUGUAUUCCACAGCACCAAGGCCGAAAAUGGAUGAUGAUCGAAAUACCCCUCUUGCUGGCUUUGGGUACGGGUUGCCAAUUUCUCGUCUGUAUGCUAAAUACUUUCAAGGAGAUCUAAAUCUUUACUCGAUAUGUGGUUAUGGAACAGAUGCUAUCAUCUACUUGAAGGCCCUAUCAACAGAAUCAGUAGAAAAACUGCCAGUUUUUAACAAAUCAUCUUCAAAGCGUUACCAGGCUACGUCAGAGGCAGAUGACUGGUGUGUCCCAAGUAAAGACCCAAAGAAUUUAUCAAAACAGAGUGCAGCUGUUUGAAGAGAAGUUGGUAUCCAGGCACCUGAAGGGAUCAAGCUGGCUUCUCAAAAAAGACUAGUGUUUGGAAGUACUCAUCUACUUCCAAACAAGCAAAUUCUUCAGUUUUAGGACUGGCAGAAGAUAAAGAUAAGGCUGUUACAGCUUAGGCUGUAUGCUCUGAAUGUCAAAUCCUUCUGCAGCCUUCAGGCUGAAGAAAAUAGGAGCAUGUGUCUUUGAAGAUCUGUGUAUAGAGGAAAAACAGACUAUAUUUUUAACUAUGAUCAAAAACUUGAUGUGGUAGAGGUGUGCAAUUUUUCAAGUCCUUUUUAAUGCUUGAAUACUGAUAAAUGUCAGUUGUGCUGGUGUAUAUUUUUCUCCUAGAAUAGUUGUCAGCAAUUCAUCUUAUUUUAAAACUUCUCAGGUAGACAACACCUAUGCUUUAAAGAUGUAUUUACGACGUUUGGAAAGGCUAAGACCCACUUAACGUGGCAGUCUUGUAGCGACAUACAAACAGCAUUCAAAUACAGCCUGACUGGAAGAGAGGGAGGGAGGAAGUGUUUUCCAUGUAUAUUGAAGUCCUGUUUUUUAGAAAAACCCAAACAAACAUAAUAGUUCUCAUGUGACACCUUGCUCUGAGAGUUACAUCACCAGAGGUUUCUUUUAUGUUAAGCUGUUCAGGCAAAAUUAGCCAUGGAAGUCUCCUAUGCAUAAGAUAACGAAGAAGGAAAUCAGGAUAAUUUUGAAAAGUACUGGAAAGGAAUGCUACUUGGUUAUAGAAGCUGUAAGUUUAGGCUACAUCUAGCUUAUAUUCCUGCACUCCAGAAAGCAUGUGCCAAGUAAGUCAGGAUUUUCUAAGAGCUGAAGUCAGAGAUGCAAGUUGAAUGGAAAGGUUUUGGUGAUCUGUAUUAUGGAAGCAUGAUGUGGGAAAUGGCAUGUUUAAAACAUGGUCUUGUGGUUCCUUUUUGUCUUGCUGUUAGAAGUUCAGUGGCUUGGGACACUAAGCUAAAAUCUGCCUGUUGUAUUUGUGGUCCAAUACAAAUUUGACACUAGCUCAAAGAAGUACAUGGGGCUUCUGCACCCUGAAAGCUGCAAGGAGUGGAAGAGGUCUGUUUGAAAGGUUUUCAGGACAGGUACUGUUGAAUUAGAAUUCUAUUCUAAGAACUGUUCAUUGCCGUAGAAAGAGCUUAGGAAAUACAAGUUUCGAAAGGUGAACAGCACUGAAAACAACAGAAUAAUUCUCAUGAACAGCAAAACAAUGGGGAAUUGUCACAGGAGCAGUGCCAGUGGGAGAGAGCUAUUAGGGAAAUAUUCCAUUCUCAAUAAGCUGCUUCGUUUCCCAUCUUUGUGCAUUUUCUCCCUUGUAACAACAGAAGUUAAACUAUUGGACAUUGUCAAACUGGCCAGUCAAAGUUUAUCAGGGCUGUAUAAUAUUACUUGAAAUUUUUUUUUACUAAUUAGCAUAUUACCUUAAGUGAAUAUGAGCCUUUGCAAGAAGCUGCAUCCUGUUCUGUCAGGUGACAGUCUUCUAAAACAGAUUUGUAUUUGUUGGACAGAAAGCCACUCCAUACUCUUUUAUCUACUGUGAAUAGCAAAUAUUUUUAAAAGGAAUGUUAAAGAUAACAUUUAGAAGUAUUGGUGAUAACUAAUGAGUGUAAUGACUUCAGUACUGCAUCAAGGCUGUUUUUAUCCCAGGGAAUAAGCUGCUGUCACUAAAAGUCACCAGAUCAUUUCUGAGCUCAGCUCAGUAUAUGAAAUGGAUGAUAUAAAUUAAAUACCUUUGUCUAGAAUAUACAGGUGUGAAAAAGCUGCCUUAACUGCCAUGGUAUACCUGAGUAUUUGAAUUGGAAUCAAGGUCACGAAAAGAUACCUAGGUAGUCAUGGUUGUCAAGUAAACUCAAAUUACACCUCUGUCUGCACCCUGUAAUGCUUAAACAUGAGUUGAGGUCUCAUGGUAUACUGUCUAUCUGUAGCAUAGCUGCAGCUACUCCAGGUCGGUGCUGGAGCAUCUGCUUCAAAGCAGAUGAGGCACAUGGGUGCUGUAAACGCCUCUGUAAUGUUGCUUGCAGUGAAGUUGCAGAACACAUUCAUGGUGCAGACAGAGGUGUGUAUAGCACUUAAGAAACUCACAUGGAAUCUCUGGUAUUAAAAAUUUCUUAAGGGCUACCUACCUAAAUACUACAGAACCUUUUUCAGCAUUUACUGAAUUUUUAUUCCUGGAAGUAGAGUUGUAGCCUUAAGCCUUUUACUUGGAUGUAGAUGUUGAAAUAAUUUUAUAAUAAAAUCUUUGAAAUGGU